CUUUAUCUAGUUGAAAACAGGUGGGAAUUUCUCUAGGUUGUGUUGGCAGUCUCUCAUUCAGAGAUAAAUCUUUCUGGCCACCAUAAGGAAUAAAUCAGUUCUGGAGAAAGAAGACACACCUUGCAACAAACAGAGGAUGUUCCAGAGUAUGAAGAUAUUUUAUAGCAGAAGUUGUAAGGAAUAUGUAAUACAACUCUUGUGACAGAAAAUCUGAUGUGGUUGUUUCCUGAAGACUUAAGUAAAGUAAAAUAAAACAAAAAAUUCUUAAAUUUAUUUUUAAAUUGUUUAAUUUACUUAUUUAUUGAUUAUUUAAAAAUAAAUUAUACUGCAAAAAAAAAAAAGAAGAAAAAAUACAAAUAAUAAAAAUGGGAGAAGUAUCUGAAGAUCCAGUUCUAAAUAUUCCAGAAACUAUUGCAGAAGUUGAUGAUAAGGAAAUAUAUCAUGAAGAACUUGCAGAAGAGAUAAAGAAAGAAGAAGGCAAUUUAGUUCAAGAAAAUGGAGAAGCAAUUAAAAAUAUGGCAUCAGAAAAUGCUGAACAAAAAAAUGAAUCUCUUCAGAACAUACCUUUGCCUUCCCAGAGUUUUACAGAGCCAUUGUCUCCAUCUGACUUGUUGCGUUCUAAACUAAUUGAAAAUGUUUCAAUGAAAAUGUUAGAUUCUAUUGAAAUGUCAAAAAGUGGAGGAUCUCCCUUUCUUGGUAGAAAUAUUGAAAAUGCAAUCAUUAAUGUAACUCCACUUAAGAAAAUAGCAGAAAAUACCAAUGAAUCAACCAAACAAAAAACAGGCAGAAGUAAUACUUACAUGGAUACCACAGAAUUUUCAAAGAAUUCUUCAAAAAUUAGCAAUGCUAAAAUACCAGAGACUUUGCAGAAAAGAAAGAAUACUGUUACUGGAGCACCAGAAUCAAGAAAAAUGAGCACCCUCAGUUUGUCAAAAGUGUUUACUCCUCGUCUUCGCAAAGAAAGUAUUUCUAGAUUUGUUAGUACUCUAUCUAUUUCAGCUGGUCUUCCUGUUGAAACGUCUUUUCUCAGUGAUACUGAUUCAAGGAAAAGUAGCUUAAAAACACCGAGAAAAUAUUCUGAAGUUUCUGUAGAUUUACAACCAAGAAUUGACACAGAACCAAGUAUUGUACCACUUAAACAGAAACCCAGGUACUCAAAAGUAAAGAAAACUAUGAUUUUAAUUUCGUCGAUUUUUAUGCAAAUAUUUGUAUCAGAAAUAUUUUCAUUAGGUCCUAUUUAUGUGAAACUUUUGGAAGUAUUCAAUUCCUCAAAAUCAACAACGAGUUUGGUUCAGUCAUUGCCUCAAGGUAUUGCUUAUUUAUGUGGCAUUUUUAUAGCACCUUUGAUUUCGAAAUUUGGACUUCGCUUGACAUUGUUUGUUGGUAGUAUUCUUUCAAGUGCAGGCUUCGCUGCUGCUGCUUUUGUGAAUAAUGUUGUUGGAAUUGCUCUUCUUGUUGGUAUUGUAUCAGGGUUUGGUCUAUGUAUUUUGAAUGUAGUUUCAUACUCUGCUAUAGCUAUGUAUUUUGACUCUGGUCAGAAUUAUGCAAUCGCUGCAGUAUCAGCAGGUUUGGCUAUUGGAUCAACAUUGCUACCCCUCUAUCAAAUCAAUAUAAUUGAUAUUUAUGGUUGGAAUGGUAAUUUUCUACUAAUGGCUGGCAUAAUUUUGCAAGCAUGUGUCAUGUCAUUUCAAUUCGAACAACAACCUGUUAAAAAAACAACAGAGAAUCGAAGUCCAAAAACAGAAAAGGAAGUAAAUUUUAAAGAAAAGCUUAAGGAACUAUCCAAGUAUAAAGUGCUGCCAUCAUUUUACCUUUCAACAUUUUUGGCAGCAACUGCAAAUCCAAUAUUUUCCAUGAUGGUGGUUGAUUUUGGAAUUGAAAAAGGCUAUGGCAUGCAUAGAAGUACUGUUUUCCUGAUUGUGUACAGCUUUUCUACAACUGUGGGACGUCUACUUGCUGGAUUAGCUAGCGCCUGUCGACUGUCAGGCAUGUUUACAUAUUUGAUCUCAUGCAUAAUUGCUUCAGUACUGAUCAUUGCUUUAGCUUUUGCAAAUAAUGAUAAUGUCAUUAUUACAUUUCUAACUUUUAUCGGUCUCUUUAUGGGAUGCUUUACCACAGUAGCCCUUGUUUCACUACUGGAAAUGGUUGGAAGAGUGAAUUACCAAUUUUGUUUUGGAUUCUAUACUACAAUAACAGGUUUGGGAUAUUUAGCCUGUGGCCCAUUAGCAGGUUUCAUUGCUGAUCUUACCAAGUCAUACAGUAAAUCUUACAUGGUUGCUGGGCUGUUCAUGUGUGUUUCUGCAUGCAUCCUCAUCGUGACAAUUCUAAUCACUGGAGAGAAGCAUUUGCUUCAUAGACGAAUACCAUAUGCAGUGAGUGACAAUGAAGAAUCAAAAACCAAUGAUAACAUUCUUUAGAUUAAUGGUUUGCCAAACACAAUCUUCAGAUGUGGAAUCUUUUUGUAGUAUUUUCCGAAAAUUUCAGAACUCAUACAUUUGUUUUAUGGACAAUCCUCUACAUCCUUAUAAGAUAUUAAACAAAAUAUUGUUUUAGAGAAAAAGUUUAUUCAUGUAUUAAAAAAAAAUAAAAACAAAAAAAAAACCAUUGUUUUGAAAUAGCGAACAUCAAUUUUAGAUAUAUAUAUAUAUAUAAAAGAAAAGUUUAACAGAUUCCUUAUUGUGAACAACCCCCAAAAUUUUUUUCUCAGAACAACAGUUUUCUUGAAAUGCAUUUUGAGAGAAAAAUUGCUUCAGAGAGCCAAGAUGAAUGUAUUGUACUUACAACAAAAAAAACAACCUCUUAAUGAAUAUU